AGUUAGGGGGAGAGUCUAAGUGGUGAGGAGUGAAACCGUUACUUGGUUCUGCGUCUAUCGUCAUGGUUGACACACGUACCGAAACGAACACCUCCCCUUACACAGCAGAACAGGAUGCAAAAGCCGUUGCCAUUUUGAAAGAGAGAAGGAAGAAGAAGGAGGCCAAGAAGAAGGCCUUGCUGAAAGAACAGACGGCGAAGAAGAAGAAGGUUGAGGAAGAGAUGGCGAAGGAACUGGAGAGGUUGACAAAGGAGGAAGAAGAAAAACUUAGAGCGGUAGAGGCAGAAGAAGAUCCGUUGGAGAAGAAGAUUACGGAACGGGUGGCCAAUUUAUCCUUGGGAGAAGAGGAGGCAUUAAUGUAUGUAACCAGGGAAAAGCAGAAGGCGGCCAUGAAAGAGUGGGAUGCAGAGGAAGUCCCACUCAAGCGGCAGACUAUAGAGAAUGAAAAGAGCAUGGAGUUGAAGCUGCGGCUGAUGAGGGAAAGGAAAAAGAGAGUGAAAGCAGUGAGCCAAGCGGCAAGGGAAUUGGAAGAAGUAAAGAAACAGAGAGAGCACAUGGAGGUGCAGGCGGACCUGUUAGGGAACAUGCAGGUCAUGGCACAUAGAGCGCCUAGCCCAGAUCGGAAGAGCAAUAUCAGUUUGGUAGGAGUCAGGACUUAGCCUUGCGAUUUAUACGGCUGGGAUUCAGAGACUUCGCACGUGAGUAGAGAACACAGGGCGUCAUUGCACAGGGCGU